UAUCUUUACUGUGCACUCUGUGCUGUGUGGCAGUAUGUGGCUGUGUUUAUAUCGUAAGGGAAUCCUGGCGAGUGGUGAGUCGGUGACUCCUCCAAUAGUAAAGUGACAUCCUCGGUUUGUGGGUGAGAGCAUUGCAGUCGUUCUUCAAACGCUAAUCGUGCAUGAAGCAAAUGCUUAUCAACUUGUCAGCGUUUAUCAACUUGUCAGUUUACAAGUUGUAGUAGCUGCAGCUGUUGGAUUGUUGAACUAGUUCAAGUUUGUACUUCUUUCAAGAGAAACAGAGAACAAUAUUCUUACUACCGUGUAUGAAGAGUUGUUACUUGAGUAAUUUAUAUCCUUGAAAAUGUCUUACUAUGGCCUCCUGCUUCUUACCAAUAUUCUCAGUUUGAUUAUUGUGAAUACAGUACAUGCUUCGUUCAUGGUUAGCUCAGUUGUUGGAGAAUGUUAAGGUACAACCCGGAUAUAUAUUUGAAGACACCUAUAUUAUGGCAGACGCAGGGUAUGAUGUGUGGCUUGGGAAUGCCAGGGGGAACCUUUAUUCAAGGAAUCAUACUAGGCUAGAUCCAAAUACAAGUCACUUUUGGCAAUUCAGUUGGGAUGAAAUGGCAGAAUAUGAUAUUCCAGCAGUUAUUGAUUAUGUUCUGGCAACAACUGGUUAUUCUCAGCUUUACUACAUAGGACACAGCAUGGGUACUACCAUGUUUUUUGCUGGUAUGUCAGCUCGUCCAGAAUAUAACAAGAAAGUGAAGGCCAUGUUUGGACUAGGGCCUGUAGCUACAACUGCACAUAUUCUUAGCCCCAUCAAGUAUUUAGCUCCAUUUUCUAAGGAUGUUAAUAUUAUCUUGAAAUUGCUCGGGAAAUAUGAAUUUUUGCCAAGCAACCCAGAAUACAUCAGAUGGACAGAGGUCAUUUGCACACACUAUAAAUUUGAAAAACUCAUGUGUAGAAAUGCUCUCUUCUUUUUAACUGGUUUUGAUGCUCAUGAGUUCAACAUGACUUGGUUGCCUGUUAUAUUGGGUCAUGGAGCAGAGGGUACUUCAACCAAAACUGUAGUUCAUUUUGCACAGGAAGUCAAUUCAGGCAAGUUUCAACGUUAUGACUAUGGCUACUAUGGUAAUAUGAAAAUAUAUCACCAGCAUACUCCUCCACCAUACAAUUUAAGUCAAGUUACAGUUCCUGUGGCACUUCUUUGGGCAAAUAAUGAUUGGUUGGCAGAUCCCAAAGAUGUAGCAGGCCUAGCUGCUGGUCUUCCAAAUCUUGUAAUUAACCUCAAGAUGCCUCUUCCUGACUUUAACCAUAUAGACUUCGUGUGGGGAAUAGAUUGCAAAAAGCUGGUGUAUGACAAGAUUCUUAAAUACAUGCCAUACUUUUAAGAGAUAUGAUGAGGGAUGCUUCAAGGAAUCCAGUGAUUGUCAUCACUGUGGAACUUCUGCAGGAUGUGUGCCAGGUGCAUCAGUGAUGAAGAAUACGUUAUUUUCAAGAAUAUCAUGACUCCAACUGUUCAGUCUUUUGAUUCUGGAUCUGCAAAUCGUACGUAUCGUAAUGAAUAAUGCUCUACUCUGUAAGUAUCAUAAUUCAGAACUUGUUUCAAGAUCUUCCACAUGUCAUCAGAAUUAGUUGUCCAGUGAAAUAACUGCAUUUAAAUGUGACCAUAUGAAUUUUGACAUGGUUUAUUGACAACCUUUACUAUAUAUAUUGUAAAUAAAUAUUUUAAGUUUU